GGGGUUUCAAUACGGUAGAUUACAAGCAUGUAGUUCACAGAAUCAUCAUUUAGAUAUUAUAUGUAAAAUCUCCCAAAUUUACUGGUUGUUUUUGACAUUUUGUCUGUUUUGUAAGAAAUUCUUUUAAUUGAAAUUAUAUUAAAAUCUAUCAUGCUGGUAUGUUGGCCCAGUUAUAGCAGUGUUGUUAACAAGAUGUUGCUACAUGAAUCAGUAAUAAGUCAGUCACAAAAAGUUGAGAAUCCAUUUUAUUGUGUUUCAUGCAUCUGUUAUAUUUUCAAAUAUUUCAAAUAUUUAUUUUUAUUUCCAGUUAACACAUUCAAUUGGAUUCCAACUGGUGGUGGAAAAAUUCAGUUUAAAAACAAAUCAUCCCCAUUUGACAUGGAUGCAGCAAGGAAACACAAAUGUAACAUUUGUCUAAAAUCAUUCAAAAAGCCACAACACUUGGAAUACCAUAGAGGGAUCCAUACUGGAGAGAAGUCAUUCAUCUGCCCUAUUUGCUUUAAGACAUUCCGAUUGAAACAUAACUUAGAUAGACACAAAAGAUCAGUUCAUAAGACAGUUGACUAGUCAUUUUUUGACCAAGGAACUAUUCUAAGGCAGUUGACAAGGGAACUUAUUAUAGACAGGUCAAUAUUUAAGAUGACAGAAAAUAGAAAAAAAUACCUAAAGUUUGAACCAAUGUUUACAAAAAAACUUAGUUUGUUCACUUUACAAUUCCAAAAAUGUCUUAA